GAGUUGUAGCUAGCUUGUGGUAGUUUGCUUUGCUUGCCUCUUUGCUUUUCCAAACAGGACAUCUAGCCGAGAGGGCCGAUGCUGGGGCUGGGGGUUUUUAUUUUGAGAGAUGGGUGGGAUCACCAGGAUCUUUAAUAUCUGGUGCAUGUCUGUCCGUGCCACCCUCUCACCCACCCCUUAUCAUUUAGUAUCCCCUCAACCGGCUCCUCUGUCCUAUAGGCCCGGCCCAAGAUAACACUCUUGUCCCCCCCCUACCGCCCAAAUCCCUUCUCUAUUUGUUAUGACUCCUUGCCCUAGUCCCUCUUCCUUUCUCUUGUCGAUCCUGUACUCCCCAUCUGUUUGCUAGAAUGCGAUGGGUGAGAUCGGAAGCUUGUUUUGAGGUUCUUGGUCCACAGAGAAAAGGCCGGUCCGGUUCUCUAACUCGGCUAGUGGUUGCUUUGCAGGAGAAUGGUGAGGGGCGAGUAGUACAUACAAGCCAAUAGACUUUGUGGCCUGUCAUUGUUGUUAGCCCCAGCCGAGGUGGUGGUGAUGGUGAUGGAAUUCUGGGAGUUGGAUGGCCAAGCCUUUUGGAAGCAGAGACAAGAAAAGCACCAACGCCAGCACCACCGGAUACUACUUCCAGAGCAGCAGAAGGCACAAGAGAAGCGGCGCGAGGGAGCCGAGAGAGAGGAAUCCCACUAGCGGCGAACACAAAGCUGGACGGAAGGCAGAAGAGAGCGGCCAAGGAUCUGGAUCCCCGGAGAACUCCGUACCGCCCAAUUCCCAACCCAAGAGGAAGCGAAAGAGAAGAAGAGGAAGGAGAGCAACCCCAAGAAGAAGAACAGCAACCUCAACGCUUCCGGCUUCGUCCCCUCCACCAUCACCAGAAUCCACCACCUGGGGACCGCUCCUAUUUCCCGUCCCCUUCCUCCUCCUCCUCCUCCUCGCCUACCACGGCUUCCUUCUCCGACCAUGCCCGUCCGUCCGACCGGAUGGCCGAGGCGGAAGGCCAUGGCUACGGCCACCAGCGGCAGCACCAGCGGCCGAGGUUCGUUGGAGGGCUGAGGGGCGCCGGGGAGAUCGUGGAGGUCCAGGGAGGCCACAUUGUGCGGUCCACCGGGCGCAAGGACCGGCACAGCAAGGUGUGCACCGCCAAGGGCCCCCGAGAUCGCCGCGUCCGCCUCUCCGCCCACACCGCCAUCCAGUUCUACGACGUCCAGGACCGCCUCGGCUACGACCGCCCCAGCAAGGCCGUCGACUGGCUCAUCAGGAACGCUCAAGCCGCCAUCGACGAGCUCGCCGGGCUCCCCGCCUCCGCCUCAUCUUCCAACCCUCCUUCCGCCUUGAAUCCUCAGGAAACCGCCGCGGCCAAUCAGCCAGUUGGAGAUUCUAGCAAGAAACCAAUUCCAGGUGCUGAACCGGUUGCUUCUGCCGCCUUUGGCUUUGGUGGUGGUGGUGGUGGUGGUGGUGGCAGUGGUAGUUUUCUCCCGCCGUCUCUCGAUUCCGAUGCUAUAGCCGAUACCAUCAAGUCCUUCUUCCCAAUGGCCGCCCCCGCCGCCACCGCGCCAUCUUCAAGUCCUGCAAUCGGCUUUCAGAAUUACCCGUCGGACCUCGCGUCGCACGCUAGCAGGCAGGACCUCCAACUGUCCCUCCAAUCCUUCCAAGACCCGAUCUUUCACAGCCCCGACCCCAGCCACCACCCCCAUAGCCAACACCACCACCAGGACCCCACUCCUUCCACUCAGCACGCCCUUUUCUCCGUCUCCGCCCAUUUGGCCUAUGACACGGCCUCCGCCGGCUGGUCCGAGCAGAGCCAGAGGAUGGUACCGUGGAAUGUAGCGGAGACGAGCUGUGGCGGUGGCGGCGGCGGUGGGGGUUACGAGUUCAACGUGCCGCCGCCAGCACCACCGCAGGCUGUGCCGCUGCACCCGGUGCUCGGCCAAAGCCAGUUUUUUACUCAGAGGGGACCCCUUCAGUCCAGUAACUCGCCCGCCAUUCGUGCUUGGGCGGACCCCAUUGCUUCGACGACCGAUCACCAGAUGCACCCUGCGCUCCGUCCGUCGGUGUCGUCAAUUGGGUUCGCGUCUGGUGCCGGCUUCCCGGGGUUUCGCUUUCCAGCACGGAUUCAGGGCGAAGAGGAGCGCGACGGCACCUCCGACAAGCCGCCCUCUGCUUCCUCUGCUUCUCACCAUUGAUGGAGCGGAAGAAGAGCACUGACAACCACCAAUUCCCACCUCCUCUGGAUUGCUUGGUUAUGUCGAGGAAGGUGAUGCAAAGGAAGCAAUAUUUCUGCUGAAACGCACGAAGCCAUUUUCUUUUGAUUCUCUGGUUGGGCGUUUCCUCUCUUCUCUCGUUCUCUUGGUAUUGUUUUAAUGGGCUUCGAUAGUCCUUCGUUUGUUUGCCAUGGUUGGUCUUGGUUACUGUUGUACUUGAAGUAGUUUGUUCGAUUUGCUUCAUGUUGCUGCUGUUGCUGCUCUUGUCGUUGUGACUGUUUACCCUUUUAGCUGUCGUCAAAAGGUAGAGAUGUUUCUGGAUUCUGGUCACUCGGAAAUGCCUCGAGUGAAUGAUUCUGUGUUGAGUUCAAUAAAUGGUGAGUGUUCCAA